GCCUCAGUGUGCCAUGUGUGGAGCGGCCUGGUCCCCGUGUCUGCUGCUCUGGGUCGUAGUGGUGGGAGUUUCCAGGACGCGAGGUCAGGUCACGGCUCCCGCCAGUCUGAGGGCAGAGGUCGGCCGGCCCCUGCUGCUCGGCUGCAACGUCACCACGGAAACCGGCGAAACCGUCCGGCAAGUGCGCUGGCUCAACGGGCGCGGGGAGGUCCUCCUGGCGUACCAGCCGAGCGCGCCGCUGCGCGUCAGCCAUCAGCAUCCCGACGUGCAGCUCACCGCCUCCCACCGCGACGCCAGCUCCAUCACCAUCAAGAGGGUGCGGCCCGAUGACGAGGGCUGCUACCGAUGCAUCUUUGAUGUUUACCCCCGCGGCCCGCUGGAGGGCUCCACGUGCAUCAGCCUCACUGACUGAUCACGUCACUGCUGCUUUGAUGAAGGUCCAGCGGCGCUCUGAGCCUGACCUCGCUGCUCAGCACCGUCCGUGACCUCCAGCUUAGCGGGCAAGGGAAAGGGACAGGGGACAUAGACAGGGGACAGGGAUCAGGGCUUCCACAGAACCGAGCCACAAUGUUAACUGAACUAAAACCACAUUGUUUCAUGUUACAUGUCACAUUUACAGUAUAAAGGAUAGUGUGUGUGUGUGUUGUGGCAUUGUUGUACAGUAUUUCAUGACAGUGUUAGAAUCUAACUUUUUAUUUGGGGAAAUAUUGUUGCAUAGUUACGUUAUCAGCAGAAAGUAUUUUCUAAUCACAAUGAAACACCCUUGUUGGAUAUUAUUUCAGUAAUUAUCUGUAUAUAAGGAGGAUUAUAAGGAUUUAAUGAUAAUAAAUGUCUACAUUGACGUUAACCCUCCUGUCGCCUUCGGGUCAAUUUGACCCGAUUCAAUGUUUAAUGUCGGUGUUCUUUCGGGAGUCAACAAACAAACAUAAAGUACCUCACACUUAAACUUGGAAAACAAUAUUAAUUCUAAUAAUUUUCUGGAGAUUUUAAUAGCUGGGGUCAUAUUGACCUCAAGGGUAAAAUAUGUUAGUAAAUAUAAAGGUAACAGGAGGGUUAAACAUUGAAUCGGGUCAAAUUGACCCGAAGGCAACACAAGGGUUAAAAUAAUCUUUGUCUACCUGCUGUUUAAUUUUCAGUAGUCACCUUUUUUAGUAUCUGUAAGAUUUAAUAACUAGUUCCUUGUACUGGUGCUGAGAUAGAUCUGAAGUUGAAAGGGGAUCAUAAAUAUAACCUGAGACCAUCUGCUUUUGUUUCACGGUUUUAAACUUUUUAAAAUUGACUUUUGGAGAUAUUGAUGAUUAAUUCCAAAUAUUUUCCUUUCAAAUAAUUUCUCAAAAACUCCCAAAAAUAACACACGACUAGUUCCACAAUUGUUUCAGGUGAGUAAGUCAGUUUCUACGGCGACAUAAUCUGAACACAUUGCAAACUCAUUAUUGGCAUGACAUUGAAGCACUUUGAGUUCAACCUCAUGUCCACAGGAUGCAAUUGGUUUUAUUGUUGCUCAUUUGAUUUGAAUGCUUUUGAUGGUUACACAUAAUUAAAUAUCUGUAACUGAGACACACAAAAAAAGAGCCGUAGUUAGUUCUAAUAGCUAAAAAUAAUGAACAAAUUGUUGAAUUAUAUCAGAUAAAUGGUGAAAAAGGCUUAUUUGGAGGAAACUGGGCUAUAUUUUGAUUGGACUUCCCAUUAAAAGCACUGUUUUAAUGUCAUUACUUGACUUUUCCUAAAGCUGAAUUCAUCCUGUUUUGGAAAUAAACUCUAAAUUGUACCAUU